AUGGUUGUCCUAACAUUCAAAAAGCCGGCCUCUCAAGUAGACAGUAAAAAUGGUGUGGAAAACAUUGAGGCCGCUGAUACGAAGAGCCUGUUUUCCAUGACUGACACAGAAAUCUUGGAAGGCAUUUAUGCUACUCAUGUUGUUAGUCAUGAACACGAUAGGCUUGAUGUUCAUUCUCUUUUCUCCAUCACCGAAAGCAUCCUUAAGUGCUCAAAGCAGAUCGUCGAUAACAUUACGCAGAAGGUCCCCCGAGUACAUGCUGAAACCAUGGAUGGAAUAACUAUUACACCUGGCUUCAGCACGCCGUUGUGCGUUCUAAAGUCCAUUGUUCGCGAGGUGCCAUGUAAAGCUCCAGGUGAAAGUUAUGCCCACGACGCCACGCUGAAAAUACUUAACAAGGUGUCAAAGUAUUCAUGGGAAGCGAAGGCUGUGCUGGCUCUGGCGGCUUUUUCUUUGGAAUAUGGAGAGUUCUGGCUGAGUGCCCAGCAUCAACAGUCUGAUCAACUUGCCAUGUCUGUGGCAUUCCUUAAGGGAGUGCCAGUCCUUCUCAAGCCCGAAAACCUCGAGCAACGCGGCAAAGCUGUUGCUGAUCUCAACAAUGUGAUGAUGUCCACGUUGCAAGUGAUUGAUUGCAUCUUUCAAUUGGAGAAGCUUUCCAUUAGUCAUAACGAGGUAAAGGAGUUGAGAGAAAUCUUGGCAAGUGCAAGGAAAGAUAUCUCGGUGAAUGUCUAUUGGUGUAUCAUUACAAUGGUAGCUUGCGCCACUAAUGUCACCCUUCUUACUAGUAAUGAGGGGAAGUCACACGACCUUGUCCAGUAUACUCACAAGGUCACAAUCAUCCUCAAUAAGCUUAAACAACAGCUUAAGAUCUGCAAAGAGGAAAUAGAGAAGUUACAGACCUACACGAAGCUGAAGCAACUUUUCCAAAUUCCUACAGAAGUUAUGGAGGUUAUCAAGACCCUGAUUUUCUCCAAGGGUGAUGCGGAGACGACCAUUUUUAAUGGUUCUACUCAGAAAAUGGUUCAGGUGGACAUCCUAAGGACGAAGAAUGUGUUGUUGUUCAUUUCGAGCGUAGAUAUAUCUGAAGAUUACCUUUCUCUUCUCAUACCCAUCCAUGAUUCUCUAAAUGAAAAUGAUGAUUAUAAGAUAAUUUGGAUGCCAAUUGCGGAGGAGUGGACAGAAGAGCUGCAAGUCAAGUUUGAGAGCCUGCGGGUUAAGAUGCCAUGGUACACGGUAGGGCAGAUUAGUGCACAGGUAGCAGGCAUCAAAUACAUCAAGGAGGAUUGGAACUUCAAAGGUAAGCCUAUGCUGGUGGUGUUGAACACGAAAGGUCAACUCCAACAUUCGAACGCUCUGCACAUGAUUUCCAUAUGGGGACCCGAAGCCUUGCCUUUCACACAUAAAAGAGAAGAACAACUCUUGAGUUCUCUCCAAGAUACAUGGUUUGUUUCCGUAGUGGGCGCUAUUCACCCAUCUGUAUCAGAAUGGAUCGAGAAGGAGAAGUACAUUUUCUUUUACGGAGGGGAUUCCUCAUGGACGACUCAGUUCCAUGAGAAAGCAAGUGCAUUUAUAAAUGACGACGUCCUAACGAACUCAAAGAUUUAUAUGGAGUUAUAUCAUGUGGGGAAGACCGCAGAUAGUAAGGGAGGGGAUGACAGCUUCAGCACCUUCUGGUCCGCCAUAGAAACCAUGUUUCAUAUCAAGGUUCACAAUAAGCAGUUUGAUGACGUGGCAAAACAAGUUCAGAAGCUGCUUUCCUACAAAAAUGAUAAGAGUGGAUGGGCUGUGCUUGUGCAAGGCCGUAAGCUUGUGACCAUUGCCGCUGGUUCCACAAUCUAUAGUGUUUUGGAGCACUAUCCCCAGUGGGGUCCUAACGUAACAAUAACAGUAGAAAGUUUGGGAACUUGUAUUAAUGGCGAGCAUGAGAAGGAGAAGCAGAAGGAGGUUGAACUAACUGGUCACGCCUGCAGUUGUUUUAACAUCUCAAGCGUUGCCGGAAGCACCCUAGAGGCCAUGGUAUGUGUCGAGUGUGGCAAUCCCAUGGAGACAUUCAUCAGCUAUAAGUGCUGCCAUGUCAAGAAGAAGGGUAAGCACACAAUGAUAAUUAAAAUCAAAGUUAUGUACGGUCCAACCAAGUACAGGAAGUUGCAUACACGUGUUAUAUGA